GGAGGAGGAGGAGGAGGACGGUGGUGGUCUGCAGCACCGCCGCCGUCCCCACUGCGGAUCCCCGCACCGCUACCGGACCAUGGACGGAGAGGGAGCGCCGUGGGCAGCGGAGUCCCCGGGCGGGGGAGCCUGUUGCGAGCGGGUGGUCAUCAACGUGUCGGGCUUGCGGUUCGAGACCCAGGCUCGGACCCUGGGCCAGUUCCCGGACACCCUGCUGGGCGACCCGAGCCGCCGCAUGGGCUACUUCGACCCGCUCAGGAACGAGUACUUCUUCGACCGCAACCGGCCGAGCUUCGACGCGAUCCUCUACUAUUACCAGUCCGGGGGCAGGCUCAAGAGACCGGCCAAUGUCCCCUUCGACAUCUUCAGCGAGGAGGUCAAGUUCUACGAGCUGGGCGAGGAGGCCACCCUCAAGUUCCGCGAGGAGGAGGGUCUGGUCAAGGAGGUGGACAGAGCCCUGCCCGAGGACGAGUUCAAGCGCCAGGUCUGGCUCCUCUUCGAGUACCCGGAGAGUUCGAGUCCCGCCCGGGUCAUCGCCAUCGUCUCGGUGCUGGUCAUCCUCAUCUCCAUCGUCAUCUUCUGCCUGGAGACCCUGCCCGAGUUCCGGGACGAGGACUUCCCGCGCCCGGCCGGGGUUCCCGCCAACCGGACCGCUCGGCCGGCGGCGGGGGGCUGGCCCCUGGCCUCGCCCUUCGGUGACCCCUUCUUCAUCGUGGAGACGGUGUGCAUCGUGUGGUUCUCCUUCGAGCUGCUGGUGCGCUUCUUCGCCUGCCCCAGCAAAGCCGCCUUCUUCCGCGACCUCAUGAACACCAUCGACGUGGUGUCCAUCGCGCCGUACUUCAUCACCCUGGGCACUGACCUGGCCAGCCGCCAGACCAAUGGCCAGCAGGCCAUGUCCUUCGCCAUCCUGCGCACCAUCCGCCUGGUGCGGGUCUUCCGCAUCUUCAAGCUCUCCCGCCACUCCAAGGGCCUGCAGAUCCUGGGGCACACGCUCAGGGCUAGCAUGAGGGAGCUGGGCUUGCUCAUCUUCUUCCUCUUCAUCGGCGUGGUCCUCUUCUCCAGCGCUGUCUACUUCGCCGAGGCGGACGACCCCAAGUCGCAGUUCACCAGCAUCCCGGACGCGUUCUGGUGGGCGGUGGUCACCAUGACCACGGUGGGCUACGGCGACAUGAAGCCCAUCACGGUGGGCGGCAAGAUCGUGGGCUCGCUGUGCGCCAUCGCCGGCGUGCUCACCAUCGCCCUGCCCGUGCCCGUCAUCGUCUCCAACUUCAACUACUUCUACCACCGAGAGACCGAGAGCGAGGAGCAAGCGCCGGCGUCGCAGGCGGCUCCCGCCAGUUGCCCCUCGCUCCUCCGCAAAUUCCGGCGCUCCUCCUGCUCCUCCUCGUCGCUGGGCGCCAAGUCGGACUAUGUGGAGAUGGACGAGAGCCUCCGGGAGUCCCUGUGCCUCAAAUCCAAAGACAACGGCACCGAAAGCGCCAAACCGAACGCCCUGCACCUUAAGGCGGUGGAGACCGACGUGUGAGCAUCCCCUCGAGGCGUUUCAGACACCCCCCCCCCCCCCUUUAAUAACCUUUUUAAUCUCCAGAAUAAUUUGUUGUCCAAGCACUCACGCU